UUCUCUAUGAAUACCAAGUAUUUUGCCUUCAGUUUUCGAAUUGGAGAGUCCAAGAUAGUCUUGGCAUCACUUGAUGCCAAGAUGUCCAAGAGGAAGCCAACUCUGGAUUUGGAACCCAAUAAGGAGACAAUUACAAAUGAGGAAUUUGUGGAAGAGCCCAAGAAGGAGAAAACGUCAGAUGAGGAACCCAGGGAUGAGACAAAUCCUAGUGAAAAACCCAAGGAUGAUCCUGGUGACAGUCCUGAGAAUGAGAAAAGUCCAGGGAACAGAGCCAUUAAAACUGUCAUUGGAGCCACAGUGGGAGCAGGAGUGGCACUGGUUGGCAUCCCAGCGUGCAUAGGCGCACUGGGGUUCACAGGAGCCGGCAUCGCCGCUGGCUCCAUCGCUGCCAAGAUGAUGUCAGCAGCUGCCAUUGCCAACGGGGGAGGAGUGGCUGCCGGCAGCACCGUGGCCGUGCUGCAGUCGGUCGGAGCUGCAGGUUUCCCUCUUGCUACCAAAACAGGGCUGACAUCUGUAGCCUCUCCUCCACCAGAAGAGCGUCCCAAGGCAGAUUUCAUUGUGGAUAUGUUCGGUGUUUGUUUCCGUGUUGGAAAGUCUGCCGAGAUGCCCAAGAGGAAGCCAACUCCUGGUGAUGAGCCCAAGAAGGAGACAACUUCAGAUGAGGAAUCCGGGGAUGAGACAACUCCUGGUGCCAGUCCCAAGGAUGAUCCUGGUAGCAGUCCCAAGGGGAAGAAAAAGAAAGUCAUUGGAGCUGUCAUUGGAGCCACAGUGGGAGCAGGAGUGGCACUGGUUGGCAUCCCGUUGUUCAUCAGCGCACUGGGGUUCACAGGAGCCGGCAUCGCCGCUGGCUCCAUCGCUGCCAAGAUGAUGUCAGCAGCUGCCAUUGCCAACGGGGGAGGAGUGGCUGCCGGCAGCACCGUGGCCGUGCUGCAGUCGGUCGGAGCUGCAGGUUUCUCUCUUGGUACCAAAAUUGGGCUGACAUCUGCACUGAGCACAGUUGGUGGAGCAAGCGGUUUUUUGCUGUCCAAGAAAGCUCGAAGAGACAAAGCUAAAAAAAAGGACAAAAAUCCAAGUGACAAACCCAAGAAAAAGUAACUCGGGUGAGGAACAUGAGGAGGAGACAACUCCAAACGAGGAACGCAGGAGAAGCCAAGCAGGUGCCUGACCCCAAGGCUUUGCAAUGCA